CCGGGCUCGCCAUGCGCCCCCCCGCCGUCCUGGCGCUGCUGCUCUGCGCCGGGCAAGUUGUUGCCCUCCCUGUGAACACCCCUAUGAGUAAAGGGGACACCGAGGUGAUGAAGUGCAUCGUUGAGGUCAUCUCUGACACACUGUCCAAGCCCAGCCCCAUGCCCGUCAGCCAGGAGUGCUUCGAGACACUCCGAGGAGACGAGCGGAUCCUCUCCAUCCUGCGACACCAGAAUUUGCUGAAAGAGCUCCAAGACCUCGCCCUCCAAGGUGCCAAGGAGCGGGCGCACCAGCAGAAGAAGCACAGCAGUUUCGAAGAUGAACUCUCCGAGGUUGUGGGGAAGCAGAGUGACCAGCUGAAGGGGUGGCCCGAGGCGCUGGACGGAGCCGGGAAGGCGGGGACCGAGGAGGCGCAGCCCCCCACGGGGCCGGGGGCGCAGGAGCCGUCCCGGCAGGAGGAAGAGGAGAAGGAGGCGGCCGGGGCCCCUCCACGCCUCUCCCAGGGCGGGCGGAGCGGGGAGCGGGCGGAGCAGGAGCGGCUCCCCAAGGAGUGGGAGGCCGCCCAGCGCUGGAGCACGAUGGACCGGCUGGCCGAGGAGCUGACGGCCGAGAGGCGCCUGGAGGGGGAGGCCGGGGAGCAGGACGCCCCCGACCGCUCCAUGCAGCUCUCCCUCCGGGCCCGGGCCCAUGACCCCAGGGGCCCCAGGCCUCCGCUGCGCCGCGGCUGGAGACCGUCCUCCCGGGAGGACAGCGUGGAGGCCGGCCUGCCCCUGCAGGCGCGCGGCCUCCCGGAGGAGAGGAAGGAGGAGGAGGGCAGCGCCAACCGCAGAGCAGAGGACCAGGAGCUGGAGAGCCUGUCGGUCAUAGAGGCAGAGCUGGAGAAGGUGGCCCACCGGCUGCAGGCGCUUCGGCGGGGCUGAGACACCCACAGACCCCACCAGCCAGGGCUCCAAGGCACCCGUGGUCCUGGCUCUGUUGCCCCCUUGGCAGGUCUGGCCAGACAGCUGGGCGCUGCUUCUGGCAGGGAGGCGGCCCCCCGCCCGCCCAGGCCCAGGCCUCUCUGUCGCCCCCGCUCCUUUCUGUCUGCUCUCGGGCCCCCACCCCAGCGCAGCCCUCUGCAGGGGGGCCCACAACUUUAAAUAAUCCUCCCGAACACAGGCAGCUUUCUAGAAGUUUCCUGCCACCGCCAGAACCGUUGGGCACACAUGCAAUAACUUCUGACCUUUUGGGGAAAGCUGAGAACUCCCGACUGUAAUAUAUUCUGUACAAAAUUUAUCUAAGGAAAAAUAAAUCUGCUCUGGGCUCU